GGUCAGGUCUGCGCUGAUUGGCUGGGCACUGAGACGAAGCUUUCAGGUUACACGGAAACCGUGCAGCGUGUGCUGAGCUGAGCAGUAUGGCGGCGGCGGCGGCGGAUGAUGAGCGGUUUGACGGGAUGUUGCUGGCGAUGGCUCAGCAGCAUGAGGGGGGUGUCCAGGAGUUGGUAAAUACCUUCUUCAGUUUUCUAAGAAGAAAAACGGAUUUCUUUGUAGGUGGAGAAUCUGGAGCAGCUGAAAAGCUAAUGAAUGAAGCUUUCAGCCACCACAACAAACUAGCCUGUGCAGCCAGGGAACAGAGGGCAGCCGAGCAGCAGGAGCGGGAUGCUUCAAAGCGGGAACAUGAGCAAGCGGCUAAACAGAAGGCAAUGGAGCCAGGCGAGCCGCGAAUCACCGAGCUCACCGAAGAAGAGGCAGACAAACUUCAGAAAGAGAUUGACCAGAAUAAAGCUCGAGAGAAAGAACAAGAGAAAAUGCAAGUUCAAAAUGAUAAGAAGAAGGGUGGUGAUGAUGGGGACAAUGAGGAGGAAGAGGAAGAUGAAAAAGACAAAGGGAAGCUCAAGCCCAAUUCAGGCAAUGGAGCAGACCUUCCAAACUAUCGUUGGACACAGACCCUUUCUGAAGUGGAUUUGAUUAUCCCAUUUUCCAUUUCCUUCCGUCUGAAAAGUAAGGAUGUGGUGGUGGAUAUUCGGAGGAGAAAACUUAGUAUUGGCCUUAAAGGUCAAAAGCCUGUGCUGGAUGGCGAGCUUUACAAUGACAUCAAGGUGGAAGAGUGCUCGUGGUUAAUAGAAGAUGGCAAGGUGGUGACUGUUCAUCUGGAGAAGAUAAACACUAUGGAAUGGUGGAAUCAGGUUAUCAAGACCGAGCCUGAAAUUAAUACCAAGAAAAUUAAUCCUGAAAACUCUAAGCUUUCUGAUUUAGAUGGAGAAACUCGCAGUAUGGUAGAAAAAAUGAUGUAUGAUCAGAGGCAGAAAUCAAUGGGCCUUCCGACGUCGGAUGAACAGAAAAAGCAGGACAUCUUGAAAAAGUUCAUGGAACAGCACCCAGAAAUGGAUUUCUCCAAAGCCAAAUUUAGCUAACCCUUAUGUACUAUAAAAUCCUUAUUGUUCAUCAGGCGAUUGCUUUGGCUGUCUGUAUGCAAGCAAUCUUCCAGCUCUAU